ACCUUUUCUUUGAAUUGACUAUGAAGGAUGGGUAUACCUGAAUGAUGACGCCGCGCUCCUAACAAAUAAUUUAGGGAUUUCCCAAAUUCUCGUCAUUCACGGGUGGUGGAUCAGCUCAUAGCCUCACAAUGUAAUCGUUUACGAUUUUCUAUCUGAAAGUGUCACCUCUAUGAUUUCGAUUCAAGCUAGUGCAUCAUAGUAUACCGAUCGAGCUGGUUUCAAAUUUCAAGUUCAAUUCAGAUUUCAGGAUGUGUACGGUACUCAGCACAUGCACAUGAAGCAAUUAAGUCAACAAAAGCUAAACUAAAGUGACCGUGUCCGUGGAGUCCGAACUUUAGUCUUUAACGUUUAUAGACGUGCUGAUUUUGGAACUAUUGUAUUGUAACUUUGUAUGUUCGAUUUGGAGAGAGCUAGUGCUAGUGGCGUGCAGAUCAAACUGUGUACUGUUAGUGUAAGUAACUUUUGAGAAUGGAAGACCCUGCGAUAGAAGGUCAGGAGAGGGAUGCAGAGACAUUGUCGCAGCUUGAAGUGGAUUGCAUUGUGACAACACCAGGAUUUGGUUACUAUGAUCCGACUGAAGAUAGGAGUCAACUUUCUGAAGCCCAACCACUGACAGGUCAUCCUCCUCCACAUCAAAAUGGGCUCGACAGGGACGAUCGCCUCCACAAUAGCAUUGUAAGGGAUGGGGACGAAAAAAGGAAUCGGCCGACUCGGCUUUCUAGAGCCCAACCACUGACGGGUCAUCCUCCUCCACAUCAAAAUGGGCUCGACAGGGACGAUCGCCUUGAUAGUAGCAUUGUAAAGGAUGGAAGGCUACAAAGUGGGGAUUACGGUAGGAGGAUCGAAGAAUGUACCAAGGCAAAGGAAAGGGCUACCAAUGAAAUUGACCGACUUUAUCAAAUGUGUGAGGAUCUCUGCAAUGAAAAUGAGAAAUUGCUGGUUGAAAAUGAGCAACUCCGGGCCGAGGAUAGAUUAUGUAGAAACUGCAAAUUGUCCUUGAGCUUGCAAGUGACAGAAAGGGAAGGAACUUUGAGGGAACAGGAUCUUUUUAGGCAACUUGAAGAUGCUGAAACUCAGAAGGCGCAGCUUCAACAUAGAUGUAAAGAGCUGCUGGAUGAAGUGACAAGACUGAGAGGUUCAUGUGAUAGCAUAGAUGAUGGGCAGUACGCAAGCAGUUUUGAGGAUCAUAAAGGUGAGAGUCUUUCCGAUCCGAAACAGACCGAGUCUGUUGGGAACGCCUUUCGUGAUGUUGAUCCGGUGAAAGAAGCUGUGGCAGAGGGGAACCAAAACCAGAGAGGGGUCUCUGAGCUGGCAGAAAGAUUAGCAGAUGUUGAAGAAGCAAAGACCCCGAGCCCCGAAGAAUGUGCCAUCUUUUUGGCUGAUCACAUCAGUUCGGGUAACGAGAUCAACACACUCUUAAGAAACAUGAAUCUCAACAGUGUAGCCAUUGGUGAUCUUGAAGAGCGCCACCCCAAGGACCCAAAAGAACGGCGGAUAGACGGCAUCAGGGCAGGCAUUUCGUCUGCUAAGGGCGACCGCAUCAUCUUUCUCCUUACUGCUCUUGAGAAGUCGAAGCUGAAUCCUCAGGCUGAAUUGCUGUGUGAUGAGUUUGACAUUCAACGGCCCCAAGCUCAGAAGCCAUUACAAGCAUCAAGUCCUGAUGACUUUGCAGAUUCACCAUGCUUGGAGCCUCAAAGUGACUUUGAGACAGUCCUAGAGCCCUUCCUACAAGAUCCCAUCAGCAUCCAUACCGUUGCGGUUGAACUAGCCAAGGAAAGGGACUUCACAGGGGUGCAACUGAAGGAGUUCAAGGAUUCCUUUCCUGGUUGGAAGGAAUCACAUCGGAGGUACCUAAAUGAGAAAGCUAAUAGUCGCUGUACAAUGGACAUCCUUAAUAUUUGGGCUCAAUUCGAGGUUGAAAGAAGAAAAGGUGUGGCGGACAAAGCUCAAGGUAUAGAGAUGCUGGCCAAUGCCCUAAGGAAAUCUCAACAACUCAAUGUCCUGGAAAAACUUAAGAGUUAUCUACGGAAAGGUGUAGUGGGGCCAACUUUGAGGAGAGAUGUUUUACUGCGACAGUUACUAUCUUACAACCUUAAAAUGGAUAUCAUCCAUUGCCUCGCAAUUGAAAAGGAACCAGGAUGCAAUGACUGGCGAGCACUAACCGAGGAAAUUGGUCAUGGGAAAUUCAUCCUGGCUUGGGAGAAGAAAUCUGCUCCAGCUCACGUUGUUUGGGAUGUUUGGAAGACACAAGAUGAUGCCACAGUGGGAACAUUAUACAACUGGGCAAUCAGUAAAAACAGACUUGAUAUUGCUGGUCUUUUGGAAUCAAGUAACGCCGCAUGAGUUCAUUUGCCAUUGACUGCAGAAAUAAUAAUAAUUGCCAAUUUUUAUAAAGCGCUUUUCCCUGAAUGGCUCAAAGCGCGUUACAGCAUAUUAUACAGCAAAUAGAAAUCUAUUUGACCUGGAAAAUCAAGACUUUAAAGAGGUAAAUAAGACAUGUGGAGCAUUGUGGCCCAGUGGAUUAGUCUUCUGACCUUGAAACAGAGGGUCGUGGGUUCGCAUCCCAGCCAUGGCAUCUCUUUCCAUCUCUUUGUAGAUCCAUGAGCGAACUUUAAAUAGACGUAGGCCUUCAUGGAUUGAAUUUCAAUAGAAAAUGGAAACGAUGAUUUGUCAUUAUACGUUUAUCCAAUGCAUGGAUGUAUGUUUGUAAUGUGUGCAAUUAUGAGGGACAGGUGCGGAGGGGGGGGGGGGGUGAUGGGGGAGGAGUUGAUGGUCAAUUCCCAUAGCUUCCAUGUAUUACAUAAUGAUCAAAUGGAAUAUAGAAAGUCAGAUACAUGUAUACCAGAAUAAUGUGAAAAGAAAUUGCAGGAAAAAUGAAAGAUAUUCUUUUGGCCUGCACCUUGGCACUUCAUAGGCCAGUGAUUCUUAAUUUUAAUAUAGUGUGCUUAUCCAUAUUAACCUCAAUAAUUUUUUCCAUAUUUUACAUUUUAUGUGUAAGGCAUUUAUUACUGUUAUAAUUAUAUUAAUGAUAAUAAUAACAUCAACUGCUGUUGUUGCUGCCAUUGCCUAUGCCAUUCACCUCGAUACUAGGUGUUAUAUUUUACUUACAUUGAUAUUCAUGUACCCAGCAAUAUAUGAAUUUCUUGAUAUUAUAUACAAUUUCAAAAGAAAUGAAGAUGUAAUUUCCCCAACUUUUAUUUUUCUUUCACUUCCGGGGCCGCGAAACGGUUUUCAUAUCGGGGGGGGGGGGGGUCUGACCAUGCAAAAAAUCGCAAUCACAUGGUAAUGUUUACGUUUUUGUACACGGUUUUAGAAAAAAGUGUGGUGGGGCUAAAGCCCCCCCCCCCCCCCCCCGCUUUCGCGGCCCCUGCACUUAUUGUAAGUUUUGUGUCUACUGAUAUGUAACCAAGAAAUGAGUGAUAAUUAAUUUCUUAAAGACUGAAUUUAUCUACAAGACUUGUAUAGAUAUUUCCAGACACCGUGGCAAGGACCCUCAUGUAUCAGUCAAUGUAUGCUUUAGUUGCCAUACUCUACCCAGGUGUUAUAUAAAAUGGGUACCUGAUGCCUCAAGUUAGAGCCAAUGUAGUAUGUCUAGCAAAUGAACUUGAAAGCUCUUGCUGGAAUACUCCACAUGAAGUGGAGAAUGUGCUUACUUUGUAUGUCGGUAAGUCAGUAUUCGAUGACUGGUGUAAUGAUAUAUCUGAGUGCUAUAGAGAUGUAGUUUUAAUAUAUUCAAGAUUGUAUACAGGGACUAUUAUUAUCAGAAGAACCUUUUCCCAGUUUCAUCCAUGUUAUAGAGCUCCUUGCCUUUUAGAUGAACUAGCCAACAUCACUUCUAUUGACCUCUCAUACAUAGAGAUAGAGAGCACCAUGCUUUGCUAUGAUAGGAGCACUGAUUUUAGCGGCACUCAGUAUUUGGUAGAAUCUUUUGCCAGGCACCAUAUGCAUAUGAGACCUGCCCAAUAUAGUAUGGUGAAGGUUUGUGGUAUAUCCAUUUGGUUUUCUAGCGAAUGGUCAAAUUCUAAGAUUUAAUACCAUCAUGGUAAAACCCUCUUGGUCUUCUAUCAUUGUGCUCUAAUUACUGUUUGGUCCAAUCAAUCAUUUGGUCUAAUACACACUUAGUCUAAUGCCUAGUUGGUCUAAUUCACUUAUCAUAUUGCACUUUGUAAAAAGAAAAUUUUAUUUUUCAUAAACAGUUCAUCUAGUCAUAUAGACCAAAUGGAGACCAGAUGAAAUGUGUUCAGCCUAACUGGGAUUUACAUAAAAUGAUUGAUAAGCUAAAUAUCAAUUAGACCAAAUGAUAAGCAGACAACUAGUAUUAGACCAUCUGGGAUUAGCCAAUGUGCGAUUAGACCAAAUGGAUAGUAGACAAAGUGGGUUUAGACAAGCAGCAAUAUACCGUCAUAAUUAUAUUUUAUGUUUUGUUUUUUACAUGUAUCAAUCAUUUUUCCAUAUGUGGCUUGAUGUAAAGGUAAACACAAUUAAAUCAUAAGGUCAAGUAUGUAAACAUAUCUACAAUAUUAGAUGUGUCAUUAAAGAAUUAUUUUCUUCAUGUUCUUUUAUCAUAUUGAACAUCCAAUGGGUACACCUAAGAAUUUGUAAUAGAAUAAAGGAAACAGACAAAAUAAUAUGUUCAUAACCAUUAUAAUUUUAAAGGAAGAAAGGAUAUAUACACUAUAGGGCAUAUGACCUGUGAUGGGUAUGCCAUUAUAUACAAAUAUAUGUAUGAUUUAUGAAGUUUAUAUAAAUAUAUAAGCGUUUGAC